AUGGUCGCACCAACCGCAGCACAGGAGGAGAAAGCCAAGGAUGAAAAAGCAAACAAGGAUGAGAAGAAGAAAACUGGCAAAGAAGAGAAAAAGGAUGAAAUGACUGAGGAAGAUAAGAAGCUAGAAGAGGAUCUCAAUAUGUUGGUCCAGCGGCUAAGUAGUCUUUGCGCAGAUAUCAUAUCAGUGUUGGCAAUGUGUUCAGAUGAAAAAAGUGAUUGCAUAAACUUUCGAAUGAAGGGCAUGCUUGAACCCAUUGGUGAUUGGGGACAUGAGUAUGUACGACAUUUGGCAAUGGAAAUGUCUGAAGAGUGGAAGCAAGCAGGUGAUGGGUCAGAAAAGAGCAAGGCUAGACGUAAUGAACUACUUGUACUUGCUCGAGAUAUAGUGAUGCAUAAUAUGAAGCAUAACGCUGAGGUGGAAGCUUGUGAUUUGUUGAUUGAAAUUGAAAGACUUGAUCUUCUUAUGGAAUAUGUGGAAGAUGUAGAUCAUCAAAGAGUAUGUCUUUAUCUACUCAGUUGUGCUCCACUGACACCUGAUCCGGACAAUAUCAUACUGAUUCGCACCGCAAAAGACAUUUAUCUAAAGUACAAACGAUACCUCGAAGCGGUACGCUGCGCCAUAAUGUUGAAUGAUCCCGUUGAAAUCAAAAACAUUUUCUCGAAGACAUCUGAUCCG